GCUUGGUUCCCAAUGCGCAUGCUCUCUGACCCCUGCGCUACAGGGACCUGUACUGCAGCACCUGCAUCUCUUACCUGCAUCCCGCUGGGCAUCCCGGCCUCGGCCAUGACGGCGCACUCCUUUGCCCUUCCGGUCAUCGUCUUCACCACGUUCUGGGGUCUCAUCGGCAUUGCCGGCCCCUGGUUCGUGCCAAAGGGACCUAACCGCGGGGUGAUCAUCACCAUGCUGGUUGCCACUGCUGUGUGCUGUUACCUCUUCUGGCUCAUUGCUAUCCUGGCCCAACUGAACCCCCUGUUCGGGCCCCAGCUGAAGAAUGAGACCAUCUGGUACGUGCGCUUUCUGUGGGAGUGACCGGCACUGCGUGUGGCCCCAGGUGUACCAGUGUUCUGAGUGACCCUGGCUCGACUUCUCUGGUGACUUUCAUCUCACCUUCCCCACAGCUGUCCUGGUUCCUCUGUGUUCCCCUGUGUUUGCACCUCAGAGUCCACAUGCCCAGGGCCCAGUGGGUUCCAGGAUACCCUCUCCUCUUGGUCAAUUGGGUCUGAAAGCCCUGAGCCCAGAGCCAGGCUGGAGCCAGGAUAUCCCUGGGGUUUCCUCUCUUUCCUGCCCAAGCAGGUCCUGGGAACAGCUGGUCCAGGUAGGAUCCAUCUCAGAGGUGUGGCACAGGUGAAGGCAGGGUCCUUGGCCAUGACCCCAGGGUAAGGUCUGUCCCCACUAGCUGUGAGGUGCCCAUUGCUGUCAAGAUGAGAUGUGAAAUUUCUGAAAAAAUGUCUCAGAGAAACACUCAUACAUCAUUAGUGCUUUGGGCUAAGACUGAAACCUAGAUUUGUGUGUGUGUGUGUGUGUGUGUGUGUGUGUGUGUGUGUGUGUAAUCAAACUCAGAACCUUGUGCUUGCUAGGCAGGCACUGUGCCACUGAGCUAUAAACCCGGCCCCAAAACCUAGCUCUUGAUCUUUGUAGCUGUGAGGACCCUUGAUGACUUGCCAGAGCAAUUGUGUCUCUUUGGGAAUAUUCUGUCCUGCCUUCUUUCUAUCCCUCCUUGGACCUGUCAAGUUCUGACCCCUCCUUGGAGCCUGUCAAGCUGCGUGUGGCUGUCCCCCUCCUAUCCUGGUUGGGAAACAUAUUCCUCAAAACCCCACAGAGCAGCAUCUAAGUGACCAGAGCUGGAGGAUGAGAGGCAGGUGACACUGAGUGGUACUGGGGCACUAGGGCCCGUUGGCUCCCAAGGCUGGGCCUAUUCCCAGCAAGGCACUGUGUGGGGGACACAGAGAGAGAGAGCAGUACAGGUCAUACCAGGGAACCUGGGACCCUCCAGCCUGUGCCUGUGCUCCUCCAGGAGACAGAACAGGGACAGCAAUUCUUGCCCAAGUACCGAGAGCUGUUAGGAGAGUUCACCCACCUUGCCUGGUUCCUGGCCCUACUAAAUAUUUAUUUAGUGCCCCUUGCAUUUGUGGUGGCCUUCGUUUUGGAGCAGCUGAUGUGUCUGACCUAGAUUUCUCAGCUCUGGACUGCUGGCCACUCGGCUUGUGGUUGUGCAUGGACACAGCCCCUCCCCUCAUCCCUCUUUCUCCUCCCCUCCACAACCUUUCUGUGGGGUGGAGGUGGCAAGCAUGCCUGGUACUGAAAAAACUGAUCCAUAUCUAAUAAAUAACCGUUUGGUGGGCAAA